GCGGGAAAGAAGGAGCGGGGUGUGUGUGAGAGAGCUGCACCGAGUGUUAGCGCACCAACGGGGGAUACCGGACAAGGAGGAGAGACGGAAAAAGCCUUAGUGACAGAACUUCACUGGUAUUUACGGCUUGAGAGGCAUCAUGGCAAAAGUACAGAUCCUCAACAUGGUGGUGUUGGAUAACCCCUGCCCCUUCCACAACCCUUUCCAAUUUGAAAUUACCUUUGAAUGUAUAGAGGACCUGCCAGAUGAUCUGGAAUGGAAGAUAAUCUAUGUGGGAUCUGCUGAGAGCGAAGAAUAUGAUCAAACGCUGGAUUCUGUCCUGGUGGGGCCUGUCCCUGCUGGGCGCCACAUGUUUGUCUUUCAAGCAGAUGCUCCGAAUUGCAGCCUUAUCCCAGAGUCAGACGCUGUAGGAGUGACUGUAGUGUUGAUUACCUGCACAUACCGUGGUCAGGAGUUCAUCAGAGUUGGAUAUUAUGUAAACAAUGAGUACUCUGACCCAGAACUGCGGGAGAACCCACCUCUCAAAGCACAUUUUGGACAGCUUCAAAGAAAUAUCCUGGCAUCAAAUCCUCGUGUCACCCGCUUCCACAUCAACUGGGAAUGCACAAGCGAGGCAAAGAUGGAAGAUAUUGAGAAUGUGGACCCCGCCUCUAAUACCAUGUUGCCCCCUAACUGUGCCCCAUCGAAGGGUCUCGCAGCUGCACUUAACACUCUCCCAGAGAAUUCCAUGGACUGUAUGUGAUCUCGGCAAUAGAGGGGCAUUAUGAGUGGCAGCAGGGAAACUGCCAAGAACUCUCUAGCACGACAGUCUCGGGGCUCCUGGCUUCUACAAUCACUGCCAGCUUACACUUCUGCACAGUCUCUCCUGUGUCUCGCUUGCUGGUAGUUCCACACGCCAAUUAGAAGGAUUUUUCUCUACACAAAACCAGUCUUCCUGUGUUAACCAGACACCUCCUGCCUUUCCACAUCACUAUUGUGUUUCGCCUGACAACUUUAAAAUUUUUUUUUUUAUUUCCAAUACUCCCAGGGCCUUUCCAUUUAAACUUUCUUAGCAGACUUCAUUCUGUCAAACAUCUUUCUUUGUCUUUCCUUUUUUUUUUCCUGUAAAAAUAAGGCCUUGAUCUGCAUAUAAUGGCCCUGGAGUUCUAUUAGUAACCGUUUAUAGCUUCCAUGUCUACCUAUUGUCUGUCACAUUUUUGCCACCUAUACUGAGGGAUGUCGGUACAUUGUGUGGAAAGACCUCAUUCCCUGCAGUUAAAUCUCACUGCAGUCUGGUGCUAAUUGGUCAUACUGUCUCUUACCUUGGCUAAACAUGGGCUUUGUGAGUGAUCACUGUUAAAGGGGAACUAUCGCGAAAAUGGAAAUGUAAUAUAAGCUUCCUCAUACUGAAAUAAGAAACUUUCUAAAUACAAUCAAUUAAAUAUUCCGCAUUGUUUCUGAAAUAAUAAAGUUUAUCUUCGCUAUUCGGCAUCUGUUUCUCUUCAAUCUGUGUACAUACAGCAGUUGGGUGUCAGAUAUUCAUUGACAGUUAGAUCCAAUAUAUCUUAUAGGAGGGCUUCUUUCCUAGCAGAUGUAUUAGAGCUCACUCAAAUAACUGAUUCCAGUAUAAACAAAAUCUAACAAAAUAACUGCCUAUUCCACAAAUCCUGCAUGUAGAGACAUGAUGUCUGGUGAUUUUUAUAGAGUGAGCUCUAAUACAUCUUCUAGGCAAUAGAAGAGAAACAUGCUCAGAGAGGGACCGUGAACAUAAACUUGAUUAUUUCAGAUACAAUGCAGAAUUUUUAAUUGAUUGUAUUUAGAAAGUGUCUUAAUUAUGCUUAUUUUUGUGAUGGUUCCCCUUUAUCUUGUUGGAAGCCAGUGUAUUGCCUGUUGUGUUUAGGUAAUGCAUAUAUCUAAUAGCACAAUUGUCUUGCAUUCAGCAUGCUAGGAUCCUCUCUCUACCACACAUACAUGUGCAGGGUUGGUGUAGUGUUUUCCAGGAAAUAUCAAACUUGUCUGUGGAUACGGCACCUUCUGCAACAGACUUUUUCUUUUCUAAAUGUUACAGACUGUUGCUCUUCAGCUGCAAAAAAUCACCAUCUCAAGGUCCUUGAGAUAUUUGGAGAUCCCCAGAGGGGCAGUAAAUGACUCCUCCCAAACUCCAGGAGCCUAUCUUGUUUUGUAUUUUUGUUUGGCCGCCUUAACUGGCUGUUAAUGGUUGAUGACCAUUCAUUUAUGUGUGUUUUUUUUAAGAAAAAAUUAUAUAUGUGAGUAGGAAUUUGCUUAAAUAAAAGCACUUAGAGCAAACUACUGUCAA